ACUUCUGAAAGAUGGCGGGCCCAACAUCGAAUACGAUUUUCCAAGUACCGUUUGUUUAUGUAGCUAAAACUGCCGUGCUUUUACCAUUGUUUGGAUUUCUUUUUUGUGUAUCAUGGUCUAUUCUGUAUGAUUUCAAGUCUUCAACUGCCACCCACUGCAAGGUAGCUAAUUACCUGCCCUCCAUCUCGUCAGCUAUAGGAGGGUACACACCCCAGAGGUAUGUUUGGAGGAUAUGUGUGGCUCUCCAUUGUUCACCUCGCCUGAUGUUUGCAAUAUCCUACUACAAUUUCCAUACACAAGUCCAUGUCGGAACAAAGCACAGAAUCUACAAAAAUCUUGCAGCUUUUGCCAGUUUCCUUCAUGUAUCAGAAAUAUUAGCUCUAGUUGGGUUAACUUAUAUAUCUUCUACAGAAAAUCCAGAUAUGCACGAAUACCUAUUUAUAGCUUUUAUGGUGUGUUCCCUGUUUCACAUGCUGUUGACGUGUGUACUGUUCCACUGGGGCCGCACAGCUAAUAACAAGGAGAUGACUAACUCGGAGAGGCAGUCAUUCCACUAUAAGGUUGGACUUUUCCUCUUCAAUCUGAUGUCCUUCCUGGUAGCUGUGUAUCUAUACUUCAGACAUCAAGCCUACUGUGAACCAGGCAUGUACACUUGGUUUGCUCUAGGGGAGUAUCUGACAGUCAUUUCCAACAUUGCAUACAACGGAACUGUUGCUUGGGAUUUUAGCCGGCUUGAUGUUUCUGUAAGCAGCAGUAAUGGGACCUCAUAUAUACGUAAAUCUACAUAGUUGUUUGAUACUGUGGCCUCCAGAUGAAAUUGCCAACUUGAAGUUUGAGCCACCAGCAUAGUUCUGUUGUCUAUGUAACUACAUCCUGGAUAGAUGUCCACCUCAUGUCCUCUCAUGGUCCCUUUUUAUGAUGCCUUCUGCUUAAACCUUACAUUUUUUCAUAUGGUCCCUUUACCAUACAUUAUGAACAAAUUUUGUGUUUUUUAUUUUUGCUUUUUUGUUUUAAUACCUAGUGUUUUUUUCAUAUGGUCCCUUUGCCGGACAUCAUGAACAAUUGUUUUCUUUACAUUUUUAUUUGCUUUCUCAUUGUCAUGCCUGGAGGUUUUUUGUUAUGGUCACUUUUUGCCAAACAUUAAACUUUGUGUUCUGUAUUUAUAUGAUGUCUGUCUGCUGUCCCUUGGUUUUUCCUGUCUUGUGUUUUCCAAUCUGGUGCAUUUUUUUGUCAAGCAUUAUUUUGCAAAAUUUGCGUUAUUUUAAUGUUAUACCUUUUUGUCAUGCCUUGUGUUUUUUCAUAAGGUCCUUUUUUUUCAAAGCAUUAUGUAAAAAAUGUUGUGUUAUAUUUUCCAGGCUAAGCAUUUCCAAUCAUUAAUGAACCACCUGCCAAUAUAUGACAAACAAGAAACCGCCAAUGGGGAUAUGGCCAGAUUGCUACAGUACAUUUUCAUGUAAUGCAUCACAUGUGAUAAGCAUCCUUUAAAGUACACAAGCCAUGCAAGUUUAGUUGUUGUACAACAUGACAAGUAUACGUAGUGGCUUAGUAAGUGACCUUAACCAAUCUUUUAAGCCUAGUAACUGAAGCAGGAAAUGUAGGUCAGAACUAGCAUCCAAAGCAUCACAUGUGAUAAGCAUCCUUAGAUACAUAAGCUAUGCAAGUUAAGUUGAUGUAAGACAAGUAUUUACUUGUUUAGUGAUCUAAACCAAUCGUCUUAACCAUAUUUGCAUGAUGGGGCCUGACCUUAACCAAUCUUCUUAACCUGGUCGGUCAAGCGGUAAAUGUAGAUCAGAAGCAGCAUCCGAAGCAUUGCAUGUCAUUAGCAUCCUUAGAUACAUGAGUCAUGUAAGUUUAGUUGAUGUGGGAUAACAAAUAACUUGUAAACUGAGCUUAACCAUUCUUCUUAACCCUAGGGCAGACAGACGGACGGACUGACAGACGGGAAUAGCCAAUCUAUAAGCCCUGAUUAGCCGGGAUUAAAAAAAUGUCAAAGUAAUGACAUUGAUUUGAAUGAUGAUUGAUUUGUGGUGUGUAUGAACAAAAUUUACCACAGCAUCAACACAAAAGGACAAAAUAUACCACAGCAUCAAUGAAAAAGGACAAAAUAUAC